AGGGAUAUGCGUCGUCUACCGCGUCUCUGUGCAGACAAACAGGGCUCCUUGAAGACCGUCAUUCCCCUUCUGUUUCUGUCUAGUGCAUCAAGUUUCGCGUCACGAUCUGCCUCUUGCUGCUUCAGGACCUAUGCGGCUGUAUGUGCUGUCCUUCUGGCCUCAUUUACCUGCCAAUCAGCUCUUGCAUUUGCAUGGGGCCCCCCAAUGUCGUCGUCGCACUCUCUUUUGGGAAGUCAAAUUAGCAGAAGCCUCGUACAUGACUACCAUUCGCGGAGGAUGCUGGUGUGGCAAUCGUCGGAAUCUUUGGAUUUCCACAAGGAGAAAGUGUACGGCAUGCAUGACUCAUUUGAAGGGCGUGCUGCUUCGUCGACGGUAUGGGAAAAGGACUCGGCGGAGGAGGAAAAGCGACGGGCAUCCCACAAUGAGAAGCAAGCAAGUGUAUUUGACGAAGCAGCGCACGAGGAAGCGACCCCUGAGGACGUUAUCCCUCGUCUCCGACGCAUCGCCGAGGCUGCUGCCCUCCGUCCCACCGAUCGUGUCCUCGACGUGGGCACAGGGACCGGGGCCCUCCUCCCCUUCCUCCUUCCCUACCUGGACGAAAACGCCGGAGAGAAGCGCAUUGUCGGGAUGGAUCUCUCCGCGGGCAUGUUGGUGGUGGCGAGGGAGAGCUUUCCGCGUGCGUCCUUUUGGCAGGGGGACGUUCUUGAUCUCCCCGUGAUAUACGAGCGGGAGGGGGGGAAGGAGGAAGGGCUGUUCACCGCCGUGUUUUUCAACGCCUGCUUUGGAAACGUCUUUGACCAGGCACGAGCCCUCCGGGAAGUGGGCAAGCUGGUCAAAAAAGGCGGCCGGGUGGUCAUUUCUCAUCCUUUAGGUGCCGAUUUCGUGGAAGAAUUGCGGCGGCGUUCCCCCUCCGUCGUGCUCGCGGACCUUCCCAGGGACGAAAAGGCGUGGAGGGACAUUCUGGUCACAACACCCUUUCAGCUUACCUCGCUGCAGUCAACAUCUUCCCUCUACCUCGCCCUCCUUUGCCGUCGGCCUGAUCAACCCCUCCCUCAGGCGCUCCUCCUCCAAGGACCAGUCAGUCAAGGAUACAAACGCGGAAGCAAAAAACUGGGCUUCCCCACCGCCAACCUCCCAUCCUCGCUUUUUGUCGUCAAAUCGCUCAUAGAAGAUAUUCCCGUGGGUGUCUAUUGCGGUUGGGCUCGUGUAGUUGGGCGUGAGUGUAAGGCAGUGGUGAAUAUUGGGUACUCCCCUACAUUCCAGGGGGAGGAGAACAGGGAGAAGAUUGUAGAGGCGCAUUUGAUUGACGGCGCUUUUCCCGGAGAUUUCUACGGGGAGUUAAUGACAUUGAUUCUCACAGGGUUCCUACGGCCCGAGCAGAAAUUUCCGAGCUUCCCUGCCUUAGUAGCAGCUAUCCAGCAGGACGUGGAAGACGCCAGGGUGGCGAUGGACUUGCCUGUGUAUGCAGGGGCGAAGCGAUUGGUAGAGGAAGAAGGGGAGGGCACAGGGGAAGAGGAGAGAGGAAAUGGAGCGUCGAAGGGGAAAGGGAGGUGGGUGCCGUUUGAGGAGUGGGGUCCCAGAUAA